AUAUAAUGAGACACCCACACCCUCGUUUGUUCAAAUCAUAUCAUAGCUAGCUAUAACAAUUAACACAAGCAUAGUUAAUUAUGGCAUCCUCAUUAAACAACUAUGUUAUUAAUGUUGUUUUAUUCUUAGCAAUAAUUCACUUUAAAACCACUUCUAGCUCUUCUCAUCAUCACCACCACCACAACAAUAACCUCAAAUCCAUUCACUUUUCACUUUACCAACAUGAGACAAUAAACAAAACAGGUUAUAUUAUAGUGAAUGGUAUAAAAGGAAAUGCUGGAGUCACACAAACAACAACACCUUUUGGAACAUUAUUUGUGUUUCAAGAUCCUUUGACUCUAACAUCAAAUAGAUCCUCUAAACUAGUUGGAAUUGCUGAAGGUACUUCCAUCACCUCUAGUCUUGAUGGGCUUCGAAGCAUUUCGAUUGCGAAGCUAACUCUUCGUUUGAAGAAUCAUAAGGGUUCUGUAUCUAUUGUUGGUGGAACAAACAAUGUUAAAGCUUCGGAUCAUCCUAUAGUUGGAGGUACUGAAGAUUUCAUGUUUGUUCAAGGAUAUGUUACAUCUUCUCCGGUUGAUCUUAAGGGUCUUACUGUUGUUUAUAAGAUUGAGUUUCAUAUUUAUUGGCCUCCAUAUGCAAUUCAAUCCUCAUAAGGAUAUGGAGACUUGAAAUGAAUUUCAAUAGUUUAUGUUUUUAUUGUGUAAACUUAGUAGGGUCAUAAUUAUAAGGGUUUAAUUAAGUUUUUGGUCCCUAUAAA